UAGUGAUUCAUGGCUGACGCCCACACGUUAGAACAACUACUCCAUCAAUGGAAUCUUCCAUUUCUUUCUUUCUCAACUAAAUUCCUCUCCGGCGGUGGAACGCUUCUAAUAAUCUUCAACGCCUUUCCUUAAUUCUUACAUAAAUAAAUAAAUCAAUCCCCUUUGUACUACUGCUGAAAGCUUCUUCUUGUUCUUCUUCUUCUUCUCAUCGGAGGAGAUAUGCCGAGCUUAAUUGUCAAAGUUUAUAGCUUACUCUUCAAGUACAACCUUAAUCGCCGAUUACAAACUCUAAUCCAACCCCCAAUUUCACACCCUUUUAACGGUGUCGUUUCACGCGCCGAUGAAUCCAUUAUCACUUCUAACCCUAGUUUCUCUAACGAUGGAGUUGCAACCAAGGACCUUCAUAUUGAUCCUUGUACUUCUCUCUCCCUCAGAAUCUUCCUCCCUCAAUCUGCACUCAUUUCGUCGAGAAAUUCGGAUUCCGGUGAAGGGGUUUAUGGGGGUUAUGUACCCGAUAAUAAAAAUGGAAAAUUUUGCAAGAAAUUGCCGGUGAUUUUACAGUUUCAUGGUGGUGCUUGGGUGACUGGGGGUAAUGAUACAGUUUCUAAUGAUAGUUUUUGUACGAAAUUGGCGAAAUCUUGUGAUGCUAUAGUCAUUGCUGUUGGGUAUAGGUUGGCACCCGAGAGUCGGUUUCCCGCUGCGUUUGAAGAUGGGGUUGCGGCGAUUAAGUGGUUAGGGAAGCAAGCUAACUUGGCGGAAUGUAGUAGAUCGAGUUUGGAUAAGAGGAUUGUUAAUGGAGGGAAGCAUAGGGGAAGGCAAAUUGUGGAUGGAUUUGGGGCUUCUAUGGUUGAGCCUUGGUUAGCAGCUCAUCUAGACCCUUCAAGGUGUGUCCUCCUUGGAGUAAGCUGUGGAGCCAACAUCGUGAAUUAUGUUGCACGAUAUGCUGUUGAGGCAGGGAAACUUUUGGAUCCUAUAACAGUUGUGGCUCAAAUUCUAAUGUACCCUUUCUUUAUCGGCAAUAUUCCUACACAUUCAGAGAUUAAACUGGCAAACUCUUACAUCUAUGAUAAAGCUACAUGCAUUCUUGCUUGGAAACUUUUCCUCCCGGAAACAGAUUUUAAUCUGGACCAUCUAGCGGCAAAUCCCCUUAUACCAGGAAAAGAGACACCCUUGGACUUAAAGCAUAUGCCGCCAACACUUACAGUGGUUGCACAGUAUGAUUGGAUGCGAGACAGAGCUAUUGCUUAUUCAGAGGAACUUCGAAGAGUGAAUGUUGAUGCCCCUCUUCUUGAUUACAAGGAUGCUGUGCAUGACUUUGCUACCCUUAGCGUCCUUCAGAAAACGCCUAAAGCUCAAGCUUGCUUAGAGGACAUCUCAAUAUGGGUCAAAAAAUAUAUAUCCCUCAGAGGCAAUGAAUUUUCAUAUUGAGUUCAGAAAAGAAUCAGAAUGGAGAUGACACAGGUUCCUGCUCUAAGGCUGUCUGCCAACCUCCUUUCAUUACAUAUGUAGUUGCAAAAUGAGAAUUUUGUUUCGAAUUUUUGUCCAUUUUAGAAGUUUAAGGGGUAAAUCGUUUCAUUUAUUAGUUCAUGAUCAUUCUUUUAUAUACCGGUUUGUAGAUUGUAGUGAUGUACAUAGCUUAAGACUUCAGAGGAAACACUGAAAAUUAAUGUAAAUUUGCUCUUUAAUGUAAUGUGUUCCCCUUUACGGUUU